UCCAUACAUAUCGAUUGCAUGCUCCUAAGUUUUUCCCGUUUGUAAUAUGAUAAGAAAAGUGCAUGCAUACAAUAACUUAAGUAUAAAGGCGACAGUGCAGCUCCAAUGUCGAUUAGUUUGUGAUGAAAAAUUGAUCUGUGAAAUUGGAUAGAAAAAUUAGAGAAAGGAGGAGGAUUUCUUUUUCUUCGUGACUAUAUUAAAAUUACGGAAUGAGCGAUAGCUUAAUACUGUUACAUUUGCAUACAUAUUAAUGUGAUUCUUUUUUAAAACUAGAACGAAAUAGCAAUAAAAUUGUUUUAUUUUUUGUUUCUUUAAUUUUUAAAUGUCUAACGGAAUCGAACUAGCUCAGUAUCAUUUAGUAAGCUCAAGUGAAAACGGUCGAAAGAUAUAUAAGAUGGAACAAGGCAAAAAGUCACGACAGUUUCUGGCAGCGAUUUUAUGUAAGUGUGACUUUAUGUCUUAAUCAAAAUCAACGGAAGCUGUGUGACAAUAAAAAAUGAUUAUCAAUAGAAACUUUUAAACAAAUUCAUUGUGAUAAGCAAGCAUUCCGCGACAUUAUACUCGUGACUUGUAAAGACAUUCUAUGAAUAUUAAUUUCUUUUUUUUUUCGCAAUGUGAAUUUCGAGUUUGUGUAUUUAUUUUUAAUUUCUUCGCAGCUAAUUUAAGUUCUAUUACCACUGGAUUAUGCUUGGGAUGGACAUCUGCGGCAGAGUCCAAAAUGAAGGACUUGACACAGUCUCCACUCUCGUCAAUUCCUUCAACAGAAGAAUUUUCAUGGAUUAGUAGUUUGACUCCGUUGGGUGCUUUAGUUGGACCUUACAUUGCGGGUCCCCUUACAAGUAGAAUCGGACGAAAAUGGACUCUCUUGGCUAGCUCAGUAUUCUUCAUCGCAUCCUUCAUUAUUCUAAUUUUCACAAACACUGUUGCAUUUGUAUUUGUUGCAAGAAUUCUUCAAGGAUUGGGUGUUGGCUUUGUGAUGACAGCUCAGACUAUGUAUGUUGGUGAAAUUGCGUCUGAUGAAUGCAGAGGUGCUUUAGGUAGCUUCAUGCAGCUUGGAAUUGUCAUUGGAAUCCUUUACGUAUAUUGUGUCGGUCCAUAUGUCAGUUUUCAAUCAUAUCAAUGCUACUGUCUCAUUAUUCCAAUCGCUUUUGUUGCAACAUUCUUCUUCAUGCCAGACAGUCCACAUUAUUAUAUUCAAAAAGGUCAAGAAGAAAAUGCCGUAAAAUCAUUAAAAUUUUUAAGAGGAAAAUCAACAGAAGGUGUUCAACAAGAGCUUGAUGAAAUUAGAGCAACUGUUGAAGAAUCUAUGAAAAACAAAGCAACUUUUCGUGACGUCUUUGCAAAUGCUGCAAAUAAGAAAGCUUUCAUAAUCUCUGCGGGUUUGUUGACAUUCCAACAACUUUCUGGUAUUAAUGUUGUUCUAUUCUACUGCCAGUCUAUUUUUGAAACUGCUGGAAGUUCCUUAAAACCAGCAAUCGCAACAAUUAUUGUUGGCGCAGUCAUGGUGUUCAGUUCUGGGUUGACUCCAGUCAUUGUCGACAGACUAGGAAGAAAAGUUAUUUUACUGUUUUCAGCAGCAGGAAUGACUUUAUCUUUAGCUCUAUUGGGAUUGUUCUUCUUACUUGACCAUAAUAAAUCUCCAAUAGCAGAAAGUAUUAAAUGGCUUCCGAUUGUAUCACUCAUCGCCUUUGUGUUCGUCUACUGUGUUGGAUUCGGACCUUUACCUUGGGCGGUUCUUGGUGAAAUGUUUGCUCCAAAUAUUAAACCAGUAGCGAGUUCCAUGGCAACGUCUGUAUGCUGGAUCUUUGGAUUCAUUGUCACAAAAUGGUUCUCAUCCUUACAAGAUGUUAUUGGAAGUUAUGGUGCAUUUUGGUUGUUUGGGGUGUUCUGUGCUGUCGCAUUUGUAUUUACUUUGACACUCGUGAUGGAAACCAAAGGACUUAGUUUACAAGAGAUCCAAGAUCGUCUUAACGGACGCAAGUAAAAUAUUAUUAAUCAUAAUGUUAAACAACAAUAAGGUAGUAGUAAUUUGACUGCACGUGGGCAAAUAACAAUACUUUAGAUUCAAGUGCUUCAACAAUAAUAUUAUAAAGUUUUCAAGAUCAAAAUAAAUAAUUCAUACUAAAUGUGUCAAUAAGUAGGAAUAUUGAAAGUCCAGCACGUUUUGUGUCGUAAAGCUUGAUAUCUAUUGUUUUUAAAUAAUGUAACUGUAAUUAAGUUU